CCUGCCUGCACGCUGCCGCUCGACACUCUUGGACUCCUGAUAAUGGCCUCGGGGAAGGACCUGACGGGCACGCUGGCCUUGGCCGUUUCGACGGCGGCGUUGGGCUCCCUGCAGUUCGGGUACAGCAUGGGGGUCAUCAACGCGCCGCAACGGGUGAUCGAGAGGCACUACGGGCGGUCGCUGGGCUUGCUGCCCCAGGAAGGCGUCCGCACGUCCGAAAACGCCAGCGUCCCCGGGGACCCCUCGCAGGAGCAGGCCCACCCCGCCGUGCUCAUGUACUGGUCUCUGUCUGUGGCCAUCUUCUCCGUGGGCGGGGUGGUCUCCUCCUUCCUGGUGGGAUUCGUGGGAGACCUGAGGGGCAGGGUGAAGGGCAUGCUGAUGGCCAACUUGCUGGCCGUGGCCGGCGGCCUCCUGAUGGGAUUCUGCAAGUUGUGGAAGCCCCACGUCAUGGUCAUCGCGGGCCGCGCCAUUCUGGGCUUUUACUGCGGCUUGACGUCCGGCCUGGUGCCCAUGUACAUCGGCGAGAUCGCGCCCAAAGCCUACCGGGGGGCCCUGGGGACCGUCCACCAGCUGGCGAUCGUCAUCGGCAUCCUCAUCAGCCAGGUCAUCGGCUUGGACUUCAUCCUGGGUAACGACGACAUGUGGCACGUCCUCCUGGGCCUGUCGGGGGCCCCCGCCGUGCUGCAGUCCCUCCUUUUGCCGCUGUGCCCCGAGAGCCCCCGCUACCUCUACAUCCUGCUCGGCAAGGAACGGGAAGCUCAAAAAAGUCUGCUUCGCCUGAAGGGGGCGUACGACGCGUCGGCCGAUCUGGAAGAGAUGCGGCGGGAGAAGGAGGAGGCGGACCAGGUGUCCCGGGUCUCCAUCUCGUCCUUGUUGUGUUCGUCGGAGUUGAGGCCCCAGCUGUUCGUGGCCCUCAUGAUGCACUUGUCUCAGCAGCUGUCGGGCAUCAACGCGAUCUUUUACUACUCCACGGCAAUCUUCGCCGGGGCCGGCAUCGGUCAGCCCGUCUACGCCACCAUCGGCGUCGGCGCCAUCAACACGUUCUUCACUCUGGUGUCUGUGGCGCUGGUGGACCGGGCCGGCAGGCGCACGCUGAUGCUCGCCGGCCUGGGCGGCAUGUGCUUCUGCGCCGUCGCCAUGACGAUUGGCCUCAAGUUCCAGACCUCGUACGCCGGGAUGAGCUACGUCAGCAUGGCGGCCAUCUUCCUUUUCGUGGCCUUCUUCGAGAUCGGGCCCGGUCCGAUUCCGUGGUUCAUCGUGGCCGAGUUGUUCAGCCAGGGGCCCCGGCCGGCGGCCAUCGCGCUGGCCGGCUUCUGCAAUUGGACCAGCAACUUCAUCGUGGGCAUGACCUUUCCCUACAUACAGAAGUGGCUCGGCGCGUACGUCUUCGUCUUGUUCGCCGCCCUGCUUUUCGGCUUCACCGCCUUCACGUACCGGCGGUUGCCGGAGACCAAGGGCAAGAACUUCGAGGAGAUCGCCGCGCUGUUCCGGAAGGGCGGGAAAAAGGCGCCGGCCGACGCCAAGCGCCACGACGUCGAAUUGCUUCAGCUCAAUGCGUCGACGAGCGCUUGAAGGGGCUGCAUCGUAUAGACUGCGCAAAAACAUAUUUCAUUUUUUUUGGUCUCACCGUCUGAAGUCAAAUCAGACCUAACCUCUCCUAUGUCAGGCCGGUCUGGAUCACCAAAAUUAUUUAAUUUUGAUAAAUAACACAGUAAUGAGAGAGAAUUUCUCGGGGAAUUUUUUUUAAUUCUCCCGAGUGAAUGGAUCACAAGCCAUCUUGUACUCUCAUUGUUGUGGAUGGGAUUUUUACAUUCCUUCGAUUUGCUCGAGUAUUGUAAUUUUUUUUUUAUUGUGAUUGUUACAUUAUGUAAUGACGUGACUACCUCAUUGUGAUGUUAUUAUUUGGGGACGAAAUUACAUCUUUCUCGA